GGCAGCUGAUAAGAGACGAACAUAUGAGUGAAUACUAAAGACAAAGAUUUUGCUUUUGCUACAUUCUUUAAGUAAAUUAUGAAGCAGAUGGUAUUGUUUUCAAUCCUUUGUUUUGUGUUCAUAACCAUUGGCGUUACUUCAGUUUCAGCACAAAACGUAUGUAUGGACAACGGGCAUUUCAGGCCCAACGAUACUUACAACGCAAACCGCCGUCUGAUCCUCUCUUCCUUACCUUCCAACGUCACGUCUCAAGAGGGCCUCUUCUUCAACGGUUCCAUCGGACAAGAACCCAACCGUGUAUACGCAACAGGGAUGUGCAUCCCAGGAUCAAAUCCACAGGACUGUUCUGAUUGUAUCAAGCUCGCGUCUGAUGGUUUGUUACAGAGCUGUCCUAACCAAACAAACGCGUUUACAUGGCUAGGCGAUCCCACGCUUUGCCUUGUCCGCUACGCCAGCACUUCUUUCUCAGGAUCUGGAGAUCUAACUCCGCGUAGUAUGGUCACAAACGGUGGAUAUAUAGCCUCGAAUAAAACAGAAUUCAAGAAAACAUGGGAAGACUUGGUUGCUCGUAUGAUUGACGUUGCCUCGACAGGAAAAAGCACACCGUUGUUUAGUAAUAACCAUUAUACAGCUAAUAGUGCAGCCUUGACGUCUUCUCAGAAAAUGUAUGCUUUGAUGCAAUGCACGCCGGAUGUUUCCUCUCGUGAUUGUGAGAAUUGUCUGCGUGAGAGUGCAAAUGACUUCCACUCGUGCUGUGCUCUGAAGCAAGGAACCCGUAUUUUGCGGCCAAUCUGCUUUUUCCGGUGGGAGUUGUAUACAUACUCUACAGCUUCUUUUGCUGCUAAUUUUACGGUGGCUUCUUCUCAUCCUCCUCUUCCUCCUGUGGUUGUGCCACAAGCUGCAGAUAAUCAGGACAACACCAUUGAUACUGAAGAUAGGAAAGGUGUCUCAUCUAGAGUUGUUGCGGCCGUCACGGUUCCAACUGUUGUUACCGUCUUUAUACUUCUUGUUCUUGGAGUUUUUUUUUGUUGGAGGAGAAAGUCAAUGCAAAGAACUCAAGUUGAAUCUGAUAGUGAUAUUUCAACUCCACAUUCAUCGCAAUAUGACUUUAAGACAAUUGAAGUUGCAACAAACAAGUUUUCGAGGAGUAAUAAGCUUGGUGAAGGCGGAUUUGGCGAAGUUUACAAGGGUAUGCUUUCAAACGGAACAGAAGUGGCUGUGAAGCGACUGUCGGAAAAGUCAGGACAAGGGAUAAGAGAGUUCAAGAACGAGGCUGUUCUUGUCUCAAAACUUCAACACAGGAAUUUGGUUAGGCUUCUUGGAUUUUGUCUGGAAGGAGAGGAGAAGAUUUUGAUAUACGAGUUUGUUCCCAACAAAAGCCUUGACUAUUUCCUAUUUGACCCUGAAAGGCAAAGUCAGCUAGACUGGAUUCAGAGGUACAAUAUCAUCGAAGGGAUUGCUCGAGGAAUUCUUUAUCUUCAUCAAGAUUCACAGCUCACAAUCAUACACCGUGACCUCAAAGCCAGCAACAUUCUCUUAGAUGCCAAUAUGAACCCAAAAAUUUCAGAUUUUGGAUUGUCUACGAUCUUUGAAAUUGACCAAACUCAAGGCAAUACCAGCAAAAUUGCUGGAACCUACGCUUACAUGUCUCCCGAGUAUGCAAUGCAAGGUCAGUUCUCCAUGAAGUCUGACAUUUACAGCUUUGGAGUCUUAGUUUUCGAGAUUAUAAGCGGCAAGAAAAACAGCGGCCUCUACCAGAUGGAUAAAACUAGUAAUGCUGGAAACUUGGUCAACAAUGCUUGGAGGCUUUGGAGAAAUGUGUCACCACUAGAGCUGGUGGAUCCGGCAAUUGGAAGGAAUUAUCAGACUAAUGAAGUCACCAGAUGCAUCCAUAUUGCACUCUUAUGUGUUCAAGAUAAUCCAGAUGACCGUCCAAUGUUAUCAACUAUCAUCUUGAUGCUCACUAGUAACACAAUCACUCUACCACUGCCUCGCCUUCCGAAUUGUUUCCCGCAUAGCAUGAACAAACUGGACCAACUAUCUGAAGGAUGCGAUUCAAGUCAAUUCACAGGUCAAAGAUCUGUUGGUUAUUCUGGUAGUGACAUGACGAUUUCUGAUUUAGAGCCUCGUUGAAGAGAGGAAAUAUUAUUUGUGAUGCGAAUUUGAAUGGUGAUUCUACUAUAUGUUCUGACUUUGUGUGAUAAUUGUGGUUAUGUUUUA